UAAUAAGAUAAUUAUGAUUUACUUGUGGUAAUUACUACUUGCAAUGUAUAAACUACUUAACUAACUUUUUUGAAAAAUAAAUUAAGAAAUAUAAUAUUGAAAGAAUGUGUUUGCAUUUCGCUGAUUUUGAUAAGAAAUGGAAAAGUGGAGCUUUGUAUUAACCUCACACAUUAUACGUGGUGUGUUCAAAAAAUAACGGGAAUCGUAAAACUUAAAUUUCACGGGUUUCAUGUUUCCAAAAAUAAAGAGAACCUUAAGGAAACGUCGUUUUACAAGCAUACGAGAAAUCACUGGAAGAGGCAAAGACUAUCACAUAAAUCGGGUUUGAGAAGUGUUUCGACGAUUGAAAGAAGCGCUAGCGUAAGUGCAUAGCAUCGAAUGGGGAUUAUUUUAAAGGCGUAACGAGAUGAAUAAACAUUUUCUUCAAAACACUAAAAUUACCGUUAUUUUCCGAACAUAUCUACGAGGGUACAUGCUUACAUAUGUACCUAAUCUUGUGGUAGGUUAGUCAUACAGUCUUUUUGUCUAUCGCUGUUUCCCCAGUUGCCUAACAGAUCACAACAUCUUUCAUCAUCUCACCUUUCUUUGUUAUUUCUUGCUUUACCUCCUUUUACACUACAAAAGAGUUGUAUUUUCUUAAUGUUAUUGUUGCUACUACACAAAUCUUCCACGUGUUGCACGCUCUUUCGUCUCGUUAAUGCGCAGUCGCUCUCUUGCACUCUUUGAGGAAAUGUCAAAAAUUUCAACGUAAUAAUCCUGAGAGUACAAUUUUUUUCGGCCCCAAAUUGCUUAGUAGUUAUUUAGUUGUGGCCACGAAAUGUUGUGCCUCAGAAACGGUAUUAAAAUCUUAGAGAAUUUUUAGACAAAAAUACUUAGUACUUAUUAUGCACACAACCAGACCCACAAAGUGGCAUUUAGUGGUGGUGAAAUUGACGUCGACGAAGCAAGUUUUUUGUUUGCAACAAUUCGUUGUUUGCUUUUAGGCGUGUAAAGUGAGGAGAAACUUUGUGCAAAUAAUAAAGAAGAAAUCGAAAGGCGAGAAAGCACUUCCACCAAUUUAUAUUGUAUACAAAGUUUUUCGGUCAAUAUACUAUAUAUCAAUUAUUAGCACUCCUUGAAAGUAUAUCUAUAUAUAUGUAUAUAUAAUAUAUAAAUACAUACUGUACUGUAUUUAAUAGGCACUUUACGUUGUAUAUAUAAAUUAAAGUAAGAACUCGAAAAAACAACAACACUUAUUAAACUUGAAUACAUGUAUCUUCUAUACACACAUACCUACAAAUAAAUGCAACAAUAACUGCAACAUCACCUGAUUCGAGUGCUGUGUGUGUCGGGUGUGAAUAAGACUGCAAGGAAGUGGCAGUGACAACUGAAACCAACAAAAGAAAAGUAUUGUAAUAAGCCGAGUGACUAAGGAUGCUUACACUCGUACAUAUGUAAAUAGGUAUAUACAUGAGUAUAUUUGUUUAAGUGUACUGUGUACUCACUUCCGUUUUUUGUUAAGAUGACACUGAAUUGAAAAGGAUCAUGACCCACUUUUGAUAAACUAGAAAGAAAAGACGCACGAAUUGACGGAUAUUAAAAAAAAUACAAAUCAUAACUGGAUAGCUGAAGAAUAAGCAAAAGAAUCCUGUCUAAAUAAAAAACUAACUGUUACAAGUGUAAAACAUACAUUCAGUUGCACAAUAAAAUGUGAAAAAUUGUAGACUUCACUAACGGUAAAUUAAAAAUUACACUUCUCGUUAAUCUCCCACCAAAUGCCAAAAAGCAAAAAAAAAAAAAAAUAAUUAUAAAAGAAAAAUAAUUUGAAUUAAAUAAAAAAAUAAAAAAUACUGCAAAAAUCACUAAAAGUACAAAACACACGCGAACAAAUUAAAACAACAACAACAACAAAAAUCCAAAUUAAACUUUACACCCUUUCAACGCUUUGGUGGUGCAACUGGAGCAGUGAAUCCUUUUUGAUUUCGCCACGAAGCCGCUGCAGUGCAUAGCGUAAUAAUUAACCGUUUUGAAUCCAUAUUAGUGCAGCUAAUUAUAUAUAAAGCAAUCGCAAUUAAAUGUAACAACAACUUUUUCUAGUACAAUUGAACAUGCUUGUCACGCUAGCGAAAAGCAGUCCAUUCAAAUAAACUUUGUUGCUCCUUCGAGCUGGUUCCGUUGCCGGUAAACGCACGCAAGCUUGGUUUAGUUGCACAAACAAUCACAGUUACAUAUUUAUAUAUAUACAUAUAUUGCCGUUAUACACGAUCAAGUGUACGAAAGAAUCGCUUCCAAUUAUGCUGCCUUGGUGGUGUUAUUUGCUAAUUGCUGGGCUGUUGCUCUAUGCCCUCUUCGAACUGCAUUAUUUCCUGCGUAUGUGCCUUUGUGUGUUUUUAGCGCGUUUCGUCAAGCGAAAGUGCCACAUCUUGGAGACGACCACAGUGGCAGGCCUCUGCCUCACCAACGACAUCGAUUGGCUGCUCUACCACAUGAACAAUGCGCGCUAUUUGCGCGAACUGGAUUUUGCACGCGUGGACUUCUAUGAGCGCACCGACUUGUAUCGCGCGAUCAAACGGAAAGGUGGUUCCGUCUUUCAGGGCGCUGCUACCAUACGUUAUCGGCGAUUUAUCAGACCCUAUCACCGAUUUCAUAUACAAUCGCGCAUCAUCUAUUGGGACGAUCAGUCCGUUUACAUGGAACAUCGUUUUGUGCGGCCCUCCGAUCAAUUUGUGCAUGCCAUUGCAAUUUGCCGACAACGCAUUGUUGAUUGCUCAGCGGAGGAGGUGAUGAAUGAUCUGCUGGCACCUAAAAGCAUGCAACUGCAAGCGUCGCACAAUACGGUGAGCUCAACAGUGAGCCUGGACAACAGUGCGGUGACCACAACCAAUCUGGAUGUGGCCGAAAAUGGACAGACGCGUGUUAAGUUGAAACCUGAUGUGCCACCCGAGAUUCAGAAAUGGAUCGAGUACAAUGAUUUGUCAAGCAAGAAUUUGCGCUCGAAUUGCUGAUAGUUGCGUUUAGUCGAAAUGCUGAAUAUGAAAUGAAGAAAUACGUGUCUAAAAUACUCGAGUCAAACCUUAUACAUACAAACAGACAUAUGUCAUUGCACUUAUUAAAUAGCAAGCUGGUGUAUGCCUGGUAGAAAGAAUUUAUUUAUUUUCUGAGCUGAUUUUAAUACGAAGAAUCUUUAAGAGAUGUAUUUUAUUAAGUUUUUAGUUUAGUUAGUUAAUUUAUUUGAUAGUCGAAUUGUAUGAAGCGCUAAAGUGGUCUAGCUGUGUAUGCCAAUCCUAAGUAUAAUCUGCCUAUAACUACUUGAAUGUGUAAAUGUGUGCAAAAAAGCAUAAUCACUAGAGUCAUCAUGAAUACAAAUAAAUUUGUAGAAAAU